GGGCGCAUUGCGCUCAGGUGCGGCCAACCACGAAGGGUGCGUGGUGGGCCGAGCCCUCCUGAGCGAGGUCCCCAUGGCGGAGUCGCCGGUGCCCGUAGAGAACGGCGAUGCGGUCAGUGAAGCAGGGGCCGGGGAGGCGCCUCUGGGUACGCUGACCGCGCUCAUCCGCGAGGCCGUGCAGCAGCGGCGCAGGUCGCUCGUGCUGCAGGAGGACGUGGUCAGCCCCGACGAGGUCGUGGUGCUCCCGCGGGAGUUCUCCAUCGCGGGCGACCCCGGCAGGGCGGCGCCGGUGCGCCUGGUGUGCAGGUGCCUGCGGGUCGCCUUCCCGGUGGAGAGGCGCUGUCGCAGCAAGGGCCCGGGCGCCUGUGCGGCCCUGCGCCGCGUGCGGCUCGAGGGCGGCGGCGGCGGCGCCCCCGCCCUGCGCGUGGAGCGGGGGGGCCGCGCCCUGCUCGAGGACUGCCAGGUGCAGUCCGCGUCCGUGGGCGUGGAGUUGCUGGGCCCGGGGAGCUCCGCGCUGCUGCUGCGCACCAGCGUGGUGGCGGCCGAGGAGGGCGUGCUGGGCCGGGCCGGGGCGCGGGUGGUCCUGCGGCAGAGCCGCGUGACGGAGUGCGGGGCAGACGGCCUGUCGCUGGAGGCGCCGCGCGGGGCCUGGGUGCUCGACAGCUACCUGGCGGGGAACGUCUGCAACGGCGUGCUCCUGAUUCUGGGCCAGGGCCAGGCGGCAGGCAGAGGGAGGCCCGCGCCGCUGGUCUUCUGCGGCAACUCGCUGCAGCAGAACUCGCAGUACGGCGUCUGCCUCGAGCAGGGCGGCCGCCAGGUCAGGUGGUGCCGCAACUUCUCGGAGGGCAACGGCCUCGGAGAGAAGGGCGGCUCGGGGGCGCUGGACGGUUUCGAGGAGGGCAGGUGGCUCGGGCCCGGGGACGAGUGCCUGGCGUGGAUGGAGAAGCGCGCCGCGUGGGUGAAGGCCGUCGCCUGCGGCGAGUGGGGCGCGUCCGUGCGCGUCCGGGUGGAGAGACCCGGCAAGAGGCGCGCGGACGGCUCGCAGGCCCACGAGGAGGUCGACGUGCCCCCCCAGGCGCUGCGGCCCCCGCGCUACACGGAGGCCCACCUGCCGCCCGCUUGGUCGAAGCGGGGGCCGCGGCGGGCGCGCAGCGCCCUGGAGCACUUCCUGGAGGCCCAGGGCCUCAGCAAGGGGGACCCCGAGGCCCGCGCCAGGUUCGAGGCCGCGGAGGAGGCCACCAGGGAGGCCGCGAGGGAGGCGCAGCGGCGGGACAGGGCGCGCUUCGACGCGGACGCCUCCGCGAUCAGCCGGGCGCGCAGCCGCGAGGCCGCGCUGGCAAAGGUGCGCGGUGGCGCCGCUGCCACGCAGCGUGUCGGACCUGCUGGGCCGGCGGGUCAGGCGGAGGCCGCCGCCGCUCCACCCCGACGAGGGCCAGGAGGUGUCGUCCGCCGCUGCGGCGGCGCUCGCGCCCGUCGCCGCAGGCGUGCUCGCCGCUUCUGGCCAGGCCGCGGAGGCCACUUCGGAGGUGAUCAAUAUGCGAUUAGGCGAGCAGGCCGAGUGUGUCACCGGGCUUGGUGGUAGCUGCAUGGCGUGGGCGCGCGCGCGCGCGUGCGCGCGUGCGCGCUCGGGGGAAA